CUUGAGCCUGAGCUGGAAGCGUCCAGAGAUGCAUGCAGUCGUUGAACGUCUCAGUGUCUGACCAGUUUACAAAAUAAGGUACUUUCCCUGUUGUGAACCACGGCUCAUGUUGGCGAGACUUCCCAACAGGGAAGCAGUUGAUUCCAUCACCCACUGCUCCAUGACUUGAACUGCGACCACAACAGCCAUGCCGAUUGUCCAAUUCGCCCCUUUCGCCUCUCUCGUCCAGCCCGCGUUCUGGCACGAACUAACAUCUCUCAAGAUCGACGUGCUUCGUCUAUCGGAUGAAGCGCUCCCCAUCACCGGCUCGUACUCUGUUGGCAGGUCCGUCACGGAUCGCGAAACAGGGAACGAGAUCGCGCUGGGUUGCAAUCUGAGUGUAGGGGCCGAAUCCUUCCACAAGAACUCGCAACCAGCAUCCGGCGCGUAUCUGGUCAAAGGACACUUCAAGAAUUUCAACACGAUCGAAGAUUUCAAGUCUGCGGACAAAACGGCGUUGUUCAAUCAGGAGGCGGAGAAGAUGUGGGAGAAGAUCCUCACAAGUCGCGACACAUCCGAGCUCAAUAACUUCCUUCUGAUUACUUAUGCGGAUCUGAAAAAGUACAAGUAUUACUACUGGUUCGCGUUUCCCGCGUUUGUCGCGAAACCAGCCUGGGAGAUAGAAGAAACUGGGUGGAAACCGGCGAGCGAAGCGUUGGCGCAGGAUUCACUGUCAUCGAUUCAUACGCAACUCCGAGUGUCUCCUCUCUCCUUCUUUCUUGUUCGUUCAGGCGUCGAGAUCGCCCCCGUUGAAUCUUACGCGUCCUUUUUUGCCAAUGUUCCCCCCGAGGAACAGAUAAUUGGUUUCAUCGAUCCAUCUGCGAACCCCAACAAUCCGGGAUGGCCGCUCCGAAAUCUUCUUGCAUACUUGCGGGCAUUGUACCCUGCUGCAACAAACAUAGUGAAGGUCCUGUGUUGGCGCGAUGCGGAAGUCCCGACUGCUUCUGCCUCCUGGAAAUCCCGCAUCGGCGUUGUACAUGCUGAAACUGGGACUAGCGAGACCGCUCGGCCCAGCGUAGUCGGUUGGGAGAAGAAUCCUCAGGGAAAGCUUGCUCCUCGCAUGGCUGAUCUGGCGCCUAUGAUGGAUCCUGUGCGCCUGGCUGACCAAGCUGUAGACCUGAACCUGAAGCUCAUGCGAUGGCGCAUUCUUCCGAGUCUAGAUUUGGAGAAGAUCUCGUCGACCAAGUGUCUGCUGCUGGGUGCCGGAACACUGGGAUGUUAUGUUGCCAGGACGUUGAUGGGCUGGGGAGUACGAAACAUCACACUGGUUGACUCUGGGAAGGUGUCCUUCUCAAAUCCGGUCAGGCAACCGUUAUUCGAAUUCGAAGAUUGUGUGAAUGGAGGAAAGCCUAAAGCAGAGUGUGCUGCUGAUCGCCUGAGGAAGAUUUUCCCUGGCAUUAAUGCCGCCGGUCACACACUCUCCAUACCCAUGCCUGGUCAUCCAGUUCCUCCCGUCUCUGUUGCGCAAGCCAAGGAAGAUGUACGUAGACUGGAGGAACUAAUUGAUUUACACGAUGCAGUCUUCUUGCUGAUGGAUUCUCGAGAGAGUCGGUGGCUUCCGACUGUGAUAUCCUCUGCCAAGGGAAAGAUCGUUCUCAAUGCCGCACUUGGUUUCGAUUCGUUCCUUGUUAUGCGUCACGGUGUGCGACACUCGUCGUUACGUCCUGGUGCCACCCAGCUUGGAUGCUAUUACUGUAACGAUAUCGUUGCUCCGGCCGAUUCAUUGACAGACCGGACUCUGGACGAAAUGUGCACAGUCACUCGGCCAGGGCUUGCCCCGAUUGCUGCCUCGACUGCUGUCGAGCUGUUGGCAUCUGUUCUACAGCAUCCAGAUGCGAACCACGCCGGAGCCCCCCCUCCCAACUCAGAUCCCUCUGCGCUUAUUGGUGGGGGCGUUUUGGGGCUUGUUCCUCAUCAACUUCGUGGUUUCUUAGCGCAGUUUCGCAACUUGCACAUCGUUGGAGCAGCAUAUGACAAGUGCACUGGAUGCAGCGAAACAGUUCUGAAAGCGUAUGAGUCUCAGGGUUUCGAUAUGAUCCUAAAUGCUUUGAACGAUGACAAAUAUCUGCAAAAGCUUACAGGCUUGGAUCAGCUGUAUGCUGAGGGAGAAAAGGCCUUAGAAGAUGUAGAUUGGGAUGUCGAUGACGGAGGAGAUGAUGAUUUUUGAGGUUCGGUCGUUGCGAUAGAGGUAUAAAAUUUCGAAUGUAAUGCUAGGAUGUAUGAUACGACUACCAACAACUACCGGUGCAGGGGUCACCCAUGGGAGCAUAGUUCGGGAGAGCCUGUUGAAACAGAAUAUUUAGAUACUAGAAAGUGGCUGCCGUAUCUGGGUAAUUUAAAAAGAGUAC